AUGAGCAUGGACGAGUUUGGCUUCUUCUCAGAGGCGUCAACUGCGUCGGCGAAAGCAUCUUCGUCCUACUCGGAGAGCACGAGGUCGCAAUCCUCUUCGCAACAUGCCUCUUAUCAGCGCAGUGGAUAUCCAGAGUUCGAAGAACAGUAUCAGUCACGAGCUCAACCCUCGUCACAACCUCUGGAUGUCCAUCAGCAUCGAUAUCUUCAACCCCAACAGCAGCAGCAGCAGCAGCAGCAGCAGUAUCCACACCGCCUGGCCAAGGCCGAAUCUGAUAGCCCAUCAGCCCCCCUUCGCCGCUCCAACAACAUGAACACCAGUGUCCACGACUCACCCACAACUGCAAAGCGAGGAUCCAAUCUUGCCUGUCUUAAGUGCCGUGCGAUCAAAGUCAAGUGCUGGAAGAGCAACCCCAACGACCCUCGCUGCGCACGAUGCAACCGGCUCGACUUGUUCUGCGAGUUUCGCGAGCACCACCGCGGAAAGAAGCUGGAAAAGGUCAUUGCCGACGAGAAUCGACAUGUCAUCCUCACUCCAGAGAUGUUGCGACGAGCACGUCUCCAUAUCCUCCGCUGCAGUAGCUAUCCGCUCAAUCUUGAUCUAGCGUCGAUGGCGGUCAUCGAAAAUGCUGAGGAUGCUGCUCAACUGAGGGCGCCUCCAAGUUCUUCGAUCCAAGCCUUUCCCACGAUGCUGGCCGACCCGACGUACCCAAGUCUUGCGGGUAUGGCAGCUUCGGAGUCACCAAGCCCUCUGGGCAUGGCAUCGAGCGUGUACGACGAUGUGGUGCAGAUGAAUGUCUGCAGCUGGACAGACGCCUGCUAUCUGUUCAGCUUGUUCAUGACGCAGCUCAAUCCGAUCGUUGCGUUGCUCGAGCCGAGUCUUUAUACGGUCCAGUAUACCCGAGAGCAGUCGCCCAUCCUCUUCUCCAACAUCCUCUCCGUGUCCAGCCGCUUCUUUCGACCUGAACUGCAUCCACAAUGUCAAGCUUCCGCCACAGCCAUCCUCAAAUUUGCGGCCAGUCGUCAAUUGUGCAGCAUCGAUCACGUCCAGGCAUUGAUCGUCUCCGCCGUCUGGGCCACGACAAGCGAUGCUGCCAGAUACGAGACUCUGGUUGCGGCGGUUGCAUACGCGUACGAGCUCGGACUGCCGUUCUGCUUUGAGUCCGGAAUGGCGGUCGCCUCUGCCACGAAACCGUACAUGCCGCCUCUUCCCGUGCAUUUCCUGCACGCAAGUCAUCAGUCGACGACUUUGCGAGUGCAGCAGCGUACUUGGAUCCAGCUGUGUCUUCUCGAGCUGAGCAGACAGAGCGAUUCAAAACGUUCAUCGACGCAGAACAGACCCGAAUUGAUCGCUCAGAACGACCUGCCCAACGUGAGGGCUUGGUACGAGCUGCAUCACUCGACUAUGUCGGCCAACGACACGCGCCUAGCCUAUCAAUUGGACUUUGCCCUUUGCCAGAGGCACUUCAAUCUUCUCGCAGCUUCCGUUCCGGGGUCGGAUCAAGCUUUGAGCAGCAGCAUCGAUUCGCAACUGGUACGAGAGAGGGAAUGCUUCGCGACAUGGUUCAACACGUACGGCGAAGACUACGUCCCACGAUACGGGAUGGAUCGAUACAGCAGCACAGAGGCUGGGUUUCUGCUCCUUCUAUAUCGAUUCGGACGAGCAGUGCAGCUGCAUUCCAUCCUCAACUCUUCACAGCUGCUGCGAGAUCGUUGGGCGGCCACUGCCACCGAAUUGGCUUUCAAACUGAUCGACUACUUCAUCAACAAGAUCCUUGACCAGGACAGUGCCUUGUCAUCGAUGCUUCGUCUCAGCCCGCAGUAUAUGGCAGUCGGCUGCGUAUCCGUUGCCAGAUGGCUGCUCAACUCUCCACACAGUCAUCGCGCGAUAGAUCGCGUACGGGAGGUGGUACGUCUGCUCGGCCUCCCGCAGUUCUACCCUGACGGAAACCGAGUGGCCACAUCCAACGAGUUGACCGGACAACUGGAUCAAGCAUUGCGUUCACUGCUGGGCGAUGCGGGAGCGGUAAUCUCUCCAGGCUUGAGUACCAGUCCGAAACGCACACGUGCGCAAGACUAUCAGCAACAGGCUUGGGAUGGACAGAGGAAGCAGCAACGUCGUUUACACAAAGUGCCAGCCUUCGGUAGCGUCGGAGAUCGUGCUGCUGAUUCCAACUCGGAUCGGAUAAGCGAUCGUUCGCUUUCAUCCACCAUCAGGCCUGCAGGCUCGGGAGCAGAAGGCAACUUGAGCAUCGAUCUAGGAUUGGCUGAAACACAUUGGCCAGCAUUGAUGGCUAUGGGAUCACAGCCUUCGUUGACACCAACAUCGGAAGGUAGCUUUUCAAACGUUGCUAUGGCUCCCUCAUCGAUCUCUCCUUCAGCUUCGGACUCUUCAGCCGUGUUUAGCGUAGCAGCGGCGACGACAACGCUUCCCGAUUCGUUGGAUUUGGGAUCGUAUCAGUACGGCACCACAGGCGCGAUCGCGACGGCUCCGACAGAUCCAAGUUCGGUAAACCCAAGGCAGUACUAUACCUCAGGAUUGAAUGCUUCGUACUCGAGCCUGGCCGGAAGCGGAACGACGUUCGACGGAGCAAGCGGCGGCGGACAAUUCGGGCCGAUUCAGUCUUUUGCUCUGGAACGAAACAGCACUGUGGUUCCACAGUCGUACAAUGCCGCGGCAGGCGGCACACGAACGGGUGCUCAACAUCAGCAGCCACUGUACGUACGGAUGGAAGUCGAAGCUCAUGGCGGACUGGAUGCAUCACUGGCGAUCGGACUGGGCGCGAGCUAUGAUGGCAGCAGUGCCGGGUCGGAUCUGAUGACGAAUCACGCUCGACAGUAG